AUGUUCUCGACCAGAGGGGUACUAAUUCUGAUGUCCUUGCUGGCGGCCGUGGCCGCGUUCGGACUCUUCUCCCGGCCGGCGCCCAUCACCCGCGACACCAUCCGACCGCAACGCGCCAAGCACGGAAGUCUCAAGCUCUGCCCGCCAGGUACUCUCGAUUUGCAGUAGAGCACACUUUCCUCAAUUUCUUUCUUUAACAGGCGGUGCAUCGUUCCUCGACGCGUUCAACCUCAUCUGUCCGAUGCGUCGCCGCCGCAGGAGCAUCCAGGAGAACGGCAACGACGGCGGAGGCAGUCUUUUGGGUCGCACUAUGAAUAUGUGCUGUGAGACCGGAUGCGAGUUCACCGAUAUCUUUGCCAUCUGCAAUCCGUUCGGAUAG